AUGUCACUCGAAGAGGACAAACUUUCUUACAAACCGUCGUCGAAGGAGCUGACAGAGAAACCAAUCCAGGUAUUAAGGUGUGAGGCCUCAUUUAAUACAAGUAAUACCAGACCUGCCAAAAUGAUUGCAGCGGUGGAAUCAAACCUCAGCCAGAAGGAGUCGACAGGUGAAAAGAAGAAAUUUAUCCGGUUCCAAGUGUCGUCUCUUUUCGUGGCUUGUGGGAGUCCGCACGCCCAGCGCCACUGUGCUGACUCAGGCUGUCUUCGUUCGCGAAGCCUUGCACGCUGCGCGCUCUUGUCCUUUCUCAUGCUCGCUGUCGAAUUGCCGCACCCCAAGGAUAGCGUUGACUAUCUUGAUAAGGAAGAAGUCGUUUACAAGAUCACAUGCAAAACUUGCGGUACCGUAUACUGUGGACAACCAGGAAGGCCCGUCUCCACACGCAUCCGCGAGCACCAACUGGCAGUUAAGAUACGUGACCAUUUAUCCGAAGUAGCUAUGAAUAGCCUUGAUACGGAACACAGCCUUGAAUGGGAGAAAACACGCCUCGUCGGAUUUUGCUUCUCCAAAAAGGCCGAUAAUUUCUUGAUGCCAUGCGUUCCCAUGGUUCAUGUGUGGGAUACGAAGAAGUCUACCCAAGAAUCUAAGAUAAAAGCAUCCUAA